CGCAGUGUAGGAGUUCCCGCUUCUAAGUGCUUCUCUUUUCUCUCUUUCACGCUCAGGACUUUUACGAAUGUCUGUGAAGAAAAUUAUCCUAAUCUUAAGCUAAGAAAUAGCCAAACUUUUAUAGGGAACUCUGGAGUACCGCAAACCCCUAUACUCGUGGAACGGUUUACAUGUCUUUCAAAGAAUUUAGAAGGCGAAUCACAAACAAAAAAUUUCUUUGCUACUAAAUUUUCUUCUGAAGCGGGUGAAACACAACCACUAGAUGCUUAUAAGCUGUCGAAAAAAAGAGAUAUUGAUGAAGUUAUUUUGUACUUUGCACAUGGCGAAGGCUUCUGUCGGCAGAUCUGGCUGCCAAUAAUGGAGCACAUAUGCGAAUUGGAUAUCGAUAAACCAGAGUUUGUUUCCUGGGAUUUUCGACUGCACGGCGAAAGUGCACUUCUAAAAUCUAAUGUUAAGUUGAAAGACUGGUGGACUCUUUCGCAUGACGUUUUCGCUGGAGUUGGAUUUUCGUUAAAUGGCGAAACGGUUGAUCUUUCUCCGCCAUCCAUCGGCCAAAAGCGCGUUGGUAUUGGCCAUUCUAUGGGAGCUACCGCACUAGCAAUGGCCGAGUAUAUGAAACCAGGAACUUUCUCCCAUCUAAUUUUGAUCGAACCCGUUAUGUUCCCUCCUCCGUACUACAACGAUUUACUUACGGACUUAGCAGAAUGGGCUCUCCUGCGUAGAGAAUCUUUUUCUUCCAAAAAAGCGGCGAAGGAUCACAUGUCUAAAGUAGAGCCAUUUAAAAGCUGGCAUCCGCUUGCUUUAUGCGCUUAUAUAGAUGGAGGACUGGUGCAGCGAGAAGACGGUGAUUGGCAUCUUAAAUGUUCCAAACAAAAUGAGUCAAGCAUCCAUCGACUAGCCUCACACACCAUGUACGAUAAAAUAUCGUCCAUUCUUUGCCCUUCUUUGGUGUUGACCGGCUCGGAAUCAAAAUUUCUUAAUUUAACGGAAUGGAAGGCGAUCUCAGAAAGGAUGAGUAAAGGUAGUUCUGCGGUAGUCCCGAAGGCGUCACACUAUGUUCCCUUGGAAGAGCCACUGGCCGUAGCUCGGCACGUCGUGGAUUUUUAUAAAAGCAAAAAAUAA